AUGUCAAGAGCAGUCAAGGACAUCUCUGUCAAGCUUAUUGUUGGUGCAGGUAAAGCGGCACCCACCCCUCCAGUUGGUCCGGCAUUAGGUUCUAAAGGUGUCAAAGCGAUUGACUUUUGUAAAGAAUUCAACGCACGUACUGCACAUUACACACCAGACGUUCCAAUUCCAGUCAAGUUGACAGUCAGACCAGACAGAACUUUUUCAUUUGCCAUUAGAAGUCCGACUACGUCCUGGUUGUUGCUCCAACUCAUUGGAAAGGAGAAAGGUGCAGACACCUUAGGUAAGGGUAAAUUCCAAAAGCAAGGUUACCUAGGUACAAUUUCUUUGAAGCAUGUCUAUGAGGUUGCUAAAAUCAAGAAGACAGACGAUACCCAUGCAGACAUUCCACUGAAGGAUAUCUGUAAGAGUGUUAUAAGUACUGCGAAAACGUUAGGUAUCCAGGUUGUCGAGUAA